AUGAACAUGAGAAGUCAAAAGCUGAUGCGCGUAGUGUUAGCUGCACUUUGUAUCUUUGCUUUUUUUAUACUUUUAAAGCAACCAAGGCUCCUGAAUCAUGAACCAAAGCAAUACUUCACUGAGAACAACGAAAAUAAACGUUUUCAGAGAUUAGCAAAAGGAGGUAUUACUGCGAACACUGACAACUCAGAAGUAUUGGCGAACGAGAAGCUGAUACCGAAUGAAAAACUCAAAUCGACAAGACAUGGGCCUUUCUCUGAAGGAAAUUAUUUCGAGAAAAAUAUUAUUUUGGCAAGCACAGUAUUAAAGGAGCAGUGGAGGAAAACAAUGAAGGUGUUAAAGGCAUCUAGUUUUGCCUCUUCGUAUUCAAGCAAAGCCAUUGAAGCGGUUCGUUCAACAGACAGUGCCAUGCUAUACACAAAAACAUUGGAAAAUCCAAUGAAAAACCUAGGAAAAUCUGGCAAAAAUAAGAUAUUGUGUGAAAUACCAAAUUUGAACCCUUUCGAUAAAGUAGCAAUGAAAUAUAUUGAGAAUCGCGCACCACAUGAUUGCGGAAAAAAAGAUCAUGGAGUUUUAACAAAGGGCAUCUUCAAAUUCAAAGCUGAUGGUUUGAGAGCAGCGUUUUUUCGUUACAUAAGAAGGGUGGAAGAUGAUGACUUCAAAAUAUUCCUAUCAAAACCAGAAAAACUUCUUAAACAAAAGAUCAAGCAAGCUCCCAUAGCUAAAGGUAUGGUGGGAUGUUUUGUAAAUGCCAAUGGAACAUAUUUUGGCAUAGGCCGGGACAGUGGCACGAAUCGUCUGCCGGAUGCGGUGAAACUAUCAGAGCUAGAAGAAUGCUAUCCGCGAAAUUACGUCCGCAUCUUGGCAAAUGGACAGCUACAGGAUUUCGCAAAGGGAGAAACCUGCUUUGUGCUGCCGGAUAACCGCGAUGACCAAAUUAAGCAAACGGGCUGCGGCGAUGAAAAAGCAAGACACAGAGUCAUUGAAGGUAGUAUUUUUCAACAUGUGGACACAAAGAAAUGUUUAUCGGUGAAUACGUCAUCAGAAGAUCUGGAGCAAAGAAUUUUUCUGACCGAGAAAUGUACCAACAGCUCAAACAGAUAUUUACAGUUCCAGGACUUCCCACCCGUACAUAAUAUCGAAACUGAAAUUAAAGUUGAGGAAGAAUUUAUAGAAAUGGUAAUAGCCACGGAAAAAGCCGUCAUCAUUGAACACUAUGCUGAUAUUAAACCUUUGUCAGCAAAGAAAUCGAUGAGCAAUAACGCUGCUGGGCGUGGCCUGAAAUAUAGUGUUGCAUUCCUACUCUUUGAUUCACAGUCUGCUGCCAAUGUCGCAAGAAAAUUGCAAAAGACAUUGGCAUUCAUUAGAGAUAAGGAAAAUGCUGUGAUACUUAAAGGACAUACAAUAAAUGGCGAUGGAACAACAGCCCAGUUAUGUGCAAUGUUCACAGGCGCAAUGGAGGAAGAUUUACCAGAAGCCAGAAGAGGAGAGCCAGGAAGUUCUACUGUUGAUAGUUGGCCUUUCUUGUUUAAAAACUUUUCAGCCCAAAAUUACGUUACAAUGUAUUCUGAAGACGAUUCAGAUGUUGCCACUUUUAAUUACCGUCUUAAAGGUUUCAAGCGGCAGCCAACUGACCACUAUUCAAGACCAUUCUGGUCUCGAGCAGCACGCAGUUUUCACAGUGGCUUUUGCAUUGGUGGUAAAACAACUUUUCAAGUUGGCCUGAACUAUACGAUGAGUUUUCACGAUGCCUAUAAAGAAAAUCUAAGAUUUUCUCUCACGAUAUUUUCAAAUUUAUUUCAUAAUGACAUGAAUGCGGUGGAAAAUGCUGAUGAAGAUAUUCUUAACUUUCUGAAGAGAUUUGAGCAAAGGGGACAUUUAGAUAAUACAAUAUUAUUUGUUGGUGCUGAUCAUGGCCCCAGAGUUGGUAGCUUCCGGGAAACUCUCCAGGGUAAGCUGGAAGAAAGGCUGCCAUUUAUGGCCUUGUUGCUGCCACCGAAAUUAGUAAAGCAACACAAAGAAUUCAUGGAUGCGUUAAAACAUAACUCCAAUCUGCUGACGACACAUUUUGACAUUCAUGCGACUCUUUGCCAAAUAUUAAGUCAUCCACAGAAAUUUCAAAGCAAAAGCGGACAAAGUUUGUUUACAAGAAUCGACGCUUCAAAAAGGACCUGCAAGUCAUCUGGCAUCCAAGAUCAUUGGUGUCCUUGCUUGCAAUAUUCAGACGUCAAUAUUACUAACCCAAAGGUUAUCGAAGCUGCAAAAGCUGUGGUUGUACACAUAAAUGACAAAAUCAUCGGAGUGCACUUAGAGGCAAUGGAAAAGUGCCAAACACUGGAGCUGUCUUCAGUAAAACGGGCAGCCCUCAAGCAACCCCAAGAAGCAGUUCAAGUAUUUGUAAGAACAUCAAAGAAUUCUAAAUGUGAUGAAUGUGGUAUUGUUACUGGCGGAAAAGCCAACGCAAACAUAGAUUCUGCAGAGUAUGAGGUAGUUUUUAGCGUACAACCAAGUAAGGCUUUAUUUGAAGCAAAAGUUGCGAGAAAUGGUAGUGAUUGGAUAGUAGACAAAAAUAUAAGUAGACUAAAUCUUUAUGGUAACCAGCCACAUUGCGUGCAGGAUAAGUACCCCUAUCUUAGGAAAUUUUGCUAUUGUAAAUAACUAUGCUUAGGUUACUAAACUCUCAUAAUGUAAUCGAAAUAGAUACAACUUACACUAACAAAACAAAAAUAGCUUUUAGAAUUUCAAGACAAAAGGGCCUAACUUUGUAACUUUUUUAUUAGUGUUAUAAUGUGUGCUUGAGAAAGGGUUGUUUUGGCUGUCUAAUUAUCAAAUCUGUACAAAAUCGUCAGGGUCGAGGGCAGUUUGGAGACAAUUCUCUUUAUCUUUUUUAUUGUAACAGUAUAAAUGCACAAUAAUUAGUAUUUUUAUACCAGAAAAAGUAUAAAUUUAGAAUAAAAUAAAAGUACAAACGUACAA